GGAGCCUUCGUGGGGACGCGAUCUGGGCGUCGGUGGGGAGAGGGCAGCGCCCUCCUGGAGCCUCAACAGGGCGACCUCGGUUCGCUCACAUUCCCGGGCCCUGAGCGCGGCGCCCGGAAUAGCAGCCCCGAGGUGGGGGUAAGGGCGGUCAGUCCCCGCGUGGCUCCCCCGCCCUGGGCUUCCUAAGGUCACCGGCACGCGGACGGUCGGACACCAGGCCGCAGUUCUGGGGGGCCGCGGCGCGUGCGGAGCAGUCCCCUGCCGCAGAUCGGCGCCCAGGCGCGCAACGGCCGCACGGGGGCGCACGGCGCCGCCGCCCCUCUGGACCCCGGCCGGGGCGCGCCCUGGGAGGCCGGGUGGGAGGGGCCGCCCCGGGCUCCCCCCGCCCCUCCUCGCGGGCCCCGCCGCUUCCGCUCGCCCACGGGCCGCCCGGGGAGCCUGGACGCGCCGCCUGGGCUCUACGUAGCCGGCGGCUCUGGGACUCCAUCCCACACGCUCUUCACAUGAGGCCAUGAGGCACCCACUGGACCAGGGCCAGGUCACCCUGCCCUCUCCCGCCCCCCAUCCAGGAGCUCCUGGCUGCUGCAGGUCUGGGAGCUGAGGGGGCCCUGGAGGCUGGGGCCCGCCCGGGGGUGGGGUGGGGGGAGCUCUGCCAGGCACCAGACCCAGCCACCACCAGCCACACCCUCUGCAAGGUCCCAUAGAAUCCUGAACUGUGCCCAGCUGGUCCCCACUGCACAGAUGGGGAAACUAAGGCGGAGGGAAGAGGAGCGCCUGGCCCCUGGCCACACCGGAAGGUGGGCUCUAUUAUGACUUCAUUUUUCAGAGAUGAGAAGGGAGGCUCAGAGAGGUUGAGUUACUGUCCAAAAUCACACAGCCAGUCAGGGAAGAGCUGGGGUGCAACCCCUGGCCUGCUGGCCCCCCCACUGCUGCGCCCCCUCCUCUCCCCCAGACCCCGCCCCCUCCGGAACCUCCUGCUCCUGCUGUGGACCCUCCUGAACUGUGGUUUGGGGGUCAACGCUCAGGGUCCGGGUGAGUGGACUCCAUGGGGUUCCUGGAGCCGCUGUUCUAGCUCUUGCGGGCGAGGGCUCUCCGUGCGCAGGCGGCAAUGCGUCCGGUUUCCCAGGGAAGAGCUGUGCUGGGGGGACACCCACGAGUACCGCCUCUGCCAGCUGCCCGAGUGUCCCCCAGGGGCCGUGCCCUUCCGAGACCUCCAAUGCGCCCUCUACAAUGGCCACCCUGUCCUGGGCACCCAGAAGACCUACCAAUGGGUGCCCUUCUAUGGUGCACCCAACCAGUGCGACCUCAACUGCCUGGCGGAGGGACACGACUUCUAUCACAGCUUCGGCCGCGUGCUGGACGGUACCCCCUGCAGGCCGGGCACCCAGGGACUCUGCGUGGCUGGCCGCUGCCUCAGCGCCGGCUGUGACGGUUUGCUGGGUUCGGAUGCCCGCGAAGACCGCUGCGGCCGCUGCGGCGGCGCCAACGACUCGUGCCUCUUCGUGCAGCGCGUGUUCCGGGAUGCCGGUGCCUUCGCUGGGUACUGGAACGUGACCCUGAUCCCCGAGGGCGCCAGGCACAUCCGCGCCGCCCACCGGAGCCGGAACCACCUGGCGCUGAUGGGGGGCGACGGGCGCUACGUGUUCAACGGGAACUGGGCGGUCAGCCCUCCCGGGACCUACGAGGCAGCGGGCACCCGCGUGGUCUACACCCGCGUCACAGGGUCAGAGGAGACGCUGCGCGCCGCCGGGCCCACCUCCGAAGACCUGCUCCUGCAGGUCCUCCUGCAGGAGCCCAACCCCGGCGUUGAGUUCGAGUUCUGGCUCCCCCGGGAGCGCUAUGGCCCCUUUCAGGAGGAGGCUCAGGCCCAGGGUUGGUCCCUGCGGCAGCCGCAGCCUCGGGAGGUAGAUCCUCAGUCCCCUGAGUCUCCCGCUGCCCCCACUGUUAUCCCCCCACGGACCCCAGGCCCCACCCCAGACCCCUGCCCACCCUGCCCUGACACCCGCGGUCGUGCCCACCGGCUGCUCCACUAUUGCGGCAGCGACUUUGUGUUCCGGGCCCGCGUGCUGGGCCGCGUCCGGCAGGCCCAGGAGACCCGAUAUGAGGUGCGCGUGCAGCUCAUCUACAAGAACCGCUCGCCACUGCGGGCCCUCGAGUACGUGUGGGCGCCGAGCCGCUGCCCCUGCCCACCGCUGGCCCUUCAUCGGGACUACCUGCUGGCAGCCCAGCGCCUCAUCAGCCCCGAUGGCACUCAGGACUGGCUGCUGCUCCCCCAUGCUGGCUACGCCCGGCCCUGGAGCCCCGCCGAGGACAGCCGCGUGCGCCUGGCCGCCAGACACUGCCCCCUCUGAGCCCCUGGACCAGACCUCGGCCACACACGGCUGACCAGGCUCAAAGUCAGCAUAUUUCCCCUCUUGCCAUAGCUUCCAGGGAGCUCAGAACUAUCUCCCACCUGCAGCUCAGUGACUCCCCACCACACACACUCAGACACCCCUGCACUCAGUCAGAUCCACUGUCAGAAGCAGGCACGCACUGGUGAGGAUACACUAAAUGGACUCUUUAGCUCUGAUUUCCUCUCUCACCCUGGCUGCCAGGAAACUCAUAGCUAUUUUACUCUCAGAGACUCUGUGUCUGCUUUUAUUCCCCUUGUCUCACACUCAUUUGCUGGAACACACUGUCACACGCAAGCAUGACCCCAACAAAGACAUGCCUAAGGAGACCUUGUAAUGUAUCCAUUUCCCCUCUUGCCCUGGCUACCAGGAAGCUCACCACUGUUUAACCCCCUGACACUCUGUCUCUCCCUUCUCAUUGCCACUUAACACAUGCACACUCACGUAUUCAGAGACACUGUUACAAACAGGCAUGACCCCCUAGAAAACAUGCCUACCCAGGCACUGUAACGUACCAAUUUCCCCUUUUGCCCUGGCUACCAGGAAGUUCAGAGAUAAUCUUGACAGCUUCCGCAAUUCGGGGGGAGGUGGGAGGGUUCCCUCCAGGCAACACUGCUGUUCACCCCCUUUUUUAUUCCUAUUUAAUUUUUACAAGCACUUUUUUUUUUAACAAGGGCACCCCAGUUUCACAUACUUGGCCGCAGACACUUCAGGAUGCCCUGUUAGUCAGAUCCACAGCCACAUUGUCACCACCUGAACACACGUGAUCACGUGCACCUCAUCCCCUCCUCCUCCUGGUCCAGCCCCCACCUCCCCCCAGCGUGUCUGACCCUGGGGCGACCGUGAGGACGGGGAAUAUAAGAGGAUGGGGGAAGGCGGGACUUUCUGAGGUUCCAAGCCCCCUCCUGAUGCCCCUUGGGGCCACAUAUUCCUCUCAGGCCGUUCAGGGGGCCCCCUCCCCACCCCCGAGCAGAGCAGGCAGGUCAGAGCCCCCACCCUCAGCGUGUGCCCUGUCCUCAUGUGUCCUGGAUGUAGUCUCCUCAUAGAUUCUAGAGCCAGGAGGGCAGGCCUAGAUCAUGUGUGGAUUGGAAGUGUCAGUGGGGUGUCACAUAGUCACGCAGAAAACCUCCCCUUCUGCCUCCCCAUCCUGAGUGGGGUGACUCACGCCGUCAUCUGGGACAACCUGCUCAUCUGUACCAUCUGUGGUUGUGUCUUCUUCUGGGGCGCGGGAUGGUGGGAGUGUGCAACGGGUGCUGGACAUGUGGGUCUCAAUGGACUUGGCCCCUGACCUUGGGGGUGACCUCAGGCCAAGUCCUGCCCCUCUCUGGGCCUCAGUUUCCCCAUCUGUGUAUACCCUUUCAGCCCCUCCCGGCCCUGACCUUGGGAACCUCACUCUUCCAGAUUCCUUCCCUAGCCCUUCUGUUCAUUCGUGCAUUGCUCCAAAGAGUAUUUAUUGAGCACCUACUGUAUGCCUGGGACUCAGCAGCGCCUGGGGCGGCCCCGGCCUAGCCCUGUCUUCUGUAACAAGUGCUGAAGCCAGAGGAUCUCCCGAACGCCCCCCCCCCACCCCGCCGCGGGGCAGAGUGGGGCGCAGUUCUGGAGGGAGGUGUGGGGUCUGGGCGCCCCCUGGUGGCAGGACGGGGGGAGAAGGAAUUCAGCGUUUCGGGUGUUACCUGCAGCCCCCAAGGGCUUCAGGUCCCCGAUGGCCCCAGAUGGUCCCCUCUGCCUCACUGUACUGUGGGAGUGUGUUCAGUGUCUGGAAAUGGGAGCCUCCGGCCUCUUCCUCCCCGGAGCUCUGUGGGGCAACCCUGCCAUCUACUCCCCAACCAGCGGGACCGGUUUGCAGGGGUGAGGUUCCUGCCGGGGCAGAGGCCAAUGCAGGGCCCACUCUAGCAGACAGGAUGGCCUGUGGCCACAGGAGCCACGAUUUCCCGCAUGCCUUCCUCCGAGCGGCAACAUUGUUUCCGGUAAUGGUCACGUAACAAACAAUCAAUGGAACCAUUUAAAGAGAGAAGAAAGCAUUGCAAUUUUAAAGAUACUCAAAAUCAGCAACCCAGCUGAAGGUGGAACUAGCAUUUGCACUUACUUGCCCAGCAAAAAUUCCACGCUGCUUUGAUGCUUUACUUUUAAACACGAGUAAAAACUCCAGGUGCAACAACGGAACAUGCAACAACGGAAACGGAGAGACUCAAGAUCUGUAUCUUUGUGUCUUUACAAUCCCUGGCUCUCGGGUUUUAUUAUUUACUGUGUCCCUGUAGGAACACGCAGGGCCCAUUUGGUUUAGAGACUGGAUCGCUGCCCGAAGAGACCGCCGGUGAUUACAAACGGAACUGCCUCUCGAGGGAAGCACUCACAGCUGAGUCUUCAAGGGUCCAGAACUGGGAAUUCUCCAAAUGGACUUCCCGCAGGAGGCAAUGUUUAUUAAAGGAUAAAGAAUGAAAAC